AUGAGCACUAUCCCUCUCAUCUCUCAACUUAAGUCUGCAUGGCAGUUCGUCACUGGCGAUGCCGAAGGAGCAAAGGAGACCUGGCAUCAGUUUACGGAUGCCUGGACGCAGCACCCAGUCAAAACCAUUGCUAACAUGGCCGAUAGCAUUCCACUAGUUGGUCACAUCAAAGGUCUUGUUCACCUCGUGAGAGGGGAGAAGGACGAAUUCUGGCAAGCUGAAGAACAGGCCACACGCACGCUGGUCGUGAUGGGCGCAGGGGCGCUUACUGUCUCAACCGGGGGUGCUGCUGCUCCCAUUAUGGCAGGGGUAGUUGCAGGGCUGGCUUAUGACGGUGUGAUAACGGGACUUGAAUCUGCCCGUCACGGCCGCUUCCAGCCGCAAGGCUAUAUAGCGACCGGAGGGGAGGUUGUCAGUGGCGACUGGCGAGGGGGUAUUUUCGAUACCGUUGCUCUUGGCGUUGGAGAUGGCUGGGUUGGGUCAGAGGGGGGAUCAGGACGAACAACCAAGGUGUACCGCGUCGAAGGCGAGAGCUACUAUGUCGGAUCUGGCAACAGCGUCAUUUUGGAUUCCAAUCGUCGUCUCUUCCCUGAUGUGAACGGCGUCAUCGCGGAUCCUCAUAAGCUUCCAACCGUCAAAUACUAUCCGAGAGGAAAUGCAGGUGACGGGAAAGCGGUCGUACUCGGCCUCGGUAAGGACCGCCCCAGCGGCAACAUGCUCUUCUUGAACUUCGGCGAGCGGGCCCGCGCCGAUGCCUUCUAUGCUCAGCGACUCUUACAGUACCAUGAAGCCGUCAAGAAGAUGGGAACGCAGGAGCUCCCACACAAGCAUAGCAUGAAGGUCAAAUCCUUCAGAAUAAUGACUCGCGCGGCCAAGGAUCUCCAGCGCCGUGCCAUCACAGAGCCCGAGAAGGCGUUGGGCUUCAAACCGUACGAUGGUGUCCUCCAGGUUGAUAUCACCAAGGCUCGUGGCCAGUACGGAUGUGAGCGUCGCAUCUAUUCUCCCCUCCUUCGGAAGGCCAUCCAAGGAAGCUAUGAGGAGUUCACUCCUUGGAUUGACCGUCUCCCUCCCCGUCUGCUUCGGCUUAUCGUCGACCAUCAAGUAGCAUACGGAUGUGUUCGCGUCGUCUUUGUUGCUCUCCCGGGCAGUGCACUGCCCGCACUCCUCGACUUCUUUCUUGAAUCCGACAUCGCCAAUCGUCUUGCAUCCGGUUCCAACAACCAGUCUGCAAACUUGACCCGCAUGCCUCUUCCUCUUUCCCAGUUCAAACAGACAGCUAUCGAACGUGUUCAAAUUCGCGACGUCCCAGUUGUUGGGCUUCGCCAGGCUAGAGAGGCCAAGUGUGGUCGGCGGCUGCGAACAGACACAGAUCACGGCCGUCACUUUGAAUAUCUCGCAGAGUUCCCUGACGGGUCGGCUCACUGGUACCCGUCGGUGUUGGUCGCAAAGGAUCUCACGGAGGAAUUCGAGGAUCUGUCCAUGGCUCAUGCUUCAGAGGUGGCCGAGAUUAUCGAGUCCAAGGGUACUGAAUUGACUGUUCGUCGACGAAACAACACCGUGGAUCACGUCCACCAGAACCAGGUCUUCUGGGCAGAAGAUCUCGCAGAGGAGUAUCUGCCUUUGCACGACGAGGAGAUUGAUUGUCUGGUCAAGCAUGGCCAUGACGACGAGCAUUUGGAUGUUUGCGUUCCUGCUACUCUGGAAUUUCGCUCUGACUGGGCAAGGAUCGAAACCACGACGGUAGGAACGACGUUCCGUAGAGACGACGCCUUCGACGCGAAAGUGUAUGAGAACGUGACUUUUACCAAUACUUCCAUCAUGUGGGGGAGAAAACACGGUGAAUGGUUUCAGAAACGCACUAUUCCCUUUGUGAUUGUCAACCAUGGCGCCUUCAUCGACAUCAGAGUAAGCCACGGACGCGAUGGCGAUAGACUGGAAGAUAUGGCUGGCUCGGCAAGCGCUGCUUAUGCAGGGGUAAGACGGUCCCCUCCCUCCAGGUAG